AUGAUAUCGAAAAAGGUUCUUGUUUUCAUUGUUACAUUCACCAGCUAUGGAUUAUACCACGCGAACAGAAAAGCACUGAGUGGUGUUAAAUCUUCAAUCAAAGCCGAUUGGUUGAGUAAUUCGACACAUAGGCCGUUGUUCAAUAAUGAAGCCGAUGCAAAACAUUUUCUUGGUUCCCUUGAUGCAAUUUUCAUGGCUGCAUAUGCUGUGGCAUUAUUCUUUUGGGGAUGGCUUGGAGAUCGUCUGAAUCCGAAAAUCGUCGUUGCUGCUGGAAUGUUUGGAUCAUCAAUUUUUCUAACAUUGUUCGGAACCCUUCCAAAAUGGCUCAACUUCUACUCAACUUUCUAUUAUGUAAUUAUAUAUAUUUGCUUUGGACUUGUACAAGCUUGCGGAUGGCCCAGCGAAAUUGCUAUAAUGGCGAAUUGGUUUGGAAAAGGAAAUCGUGGAUUUGUGAUGGGCGUUUGGGCAGCUUGUCAACCAGUCGGAAACAUAUUUGGAUCAAUGUUCACUGCUUUCGUCCUGCCGCUUGGUUAUGAGUAUACGUUCUUAUUGAACUCUGUUUUGAUUUUCAUCGGAGCAAUUGUUGUGCUCACUGCAAUCGACGAAAAACCACACACGAGCCAUUAUGAAAACAUUGAAACCCAAUCACUUCAAAGCGAAGAGCCAAACGAUACACCAAUUGGUCUCAUAAAGGCUCUUUUCCUUCCCGGUGUUUUGGCUUACUGCGUAUGUAAUGCAUGCCUUAAACUCGUAAAUUAUGCAUUCUUCUUUUGGCUUCCGUUGUAUCUUACUGAUGCUUAUCAUUGGGAAGAAUAUCAGGCAGACCAAUUGAGCAUUUGGUAUGAUUUUGGUGGAAUUAUCGGUAGUGUAAUCGGUGGAUAUAUUACUGACAAAAUGGGAAAACGGUCUCCGUUGAUUGUCGCAAUGCUCGUUUGUUCCAUUGGAUCGUUGUACUUGUAUGCGCAUGUCGGUCCCUACAUGUUCUGGAACGCUCUCGUUAUGACUACAGUUGGAGUUACCGUAUCAGGACCUUAUAAUUUGAUUGUUGGAUCAAUUUCGAUUGAUCUUGGUUCGCAGCCUGCGCUAGCUGGAAAUACACAAGCAAUGUCAACAGUUUCUGGUCUUCUCGAUGGCACUGGUUCGGCUGGAAGUGCGAUUGGCCAGAUCUUCAUACCCGUGAUUCAGGAUACAUUGGGAUGGAGGGCCGUCUUCUAUGUAUUUAUGAUUUUGAACGGAUUGGCUGUUUUAUCAAUUUUGAAACGUUGCUUCAUCGAUUUGAAGAGUUUGCAAAGAAUCAGAAAUGGCGAAGAAUCGCCGCUCCUUGAAGACGGGGAACACGAAGAUUAG